AUGCAGGCCAAGAAAGUGAUGAUGGGAGGAGAGGCACCUGCCAACACAAUACCGGUCAUUUCAGUCAAUUAUACAAAACUGUUGAAAGGUUUUAAAAGGCUACAGGCAACAAGUGAAGACUUUGGCCGGUAAGUAAAUAUUGAAAAACUCGUUGUUUGAGAGUGAAAUAAAAAAUAUACAUGUACCAUGUGGCACAAAAUUUUCGUGGGAGUUUAUUUUUGCGAAUUGCGUUUCAAGGAACUUAAUUUUUGCAAUAAGAAUGGAUAGGCUUCUUUUGACGGGGAUUAAUUUUUGCGACUUCUAGAGAGAACCCAGUACCCAGCAUUGAUAAUAUUUUCGUUUUUAUUGAGUAUGUGCAAUGGUCUAAGACAGAAAUUCAUAUUAGAAUAUGGUGUGCAUACCCUAUGCAAACCAGUAUUUCAUUUCAUACCAUUUUGUUUCUGAACUGGGGGAAAGAAACAAGUUGUAAGUGAACAGACAAAUUUAUGCAGCGAAUUUAAGUUAGAAAAUAUUUACUAUGGAGUAAAAAAUUUUAAAAAAUGGCAAACAUUAGAACCCGCAAAAAUUUCAGCAAAAUAAAAUAAUCACAACAAUUAACAAUUUUUCAUCCUCCAGUCAAAUUGUCAUGGGCUGUUUAAAAGCAUAAGCAUUGACACGAAUAUAUUAUUAUAUGUAACAAGUAUUCUUUUCAACCUCAGUGAAUAGUGGCCACAAGAUUAUUAGUUUGCUUUAUAUUCAAUGCCUAGCGCAGUUAUUUUAACGCUAUAAUUGGAAUGCAUAUUGCACAUGUGAUUCGAGAAAAUCAGCUGGCCCUCAUGUGGCAUCCUUCCUGUUUUUUUUCUUUUUCUAGGAUAUUCACUAGAAUGAUCCUCAUUCCCUUUCAAAAAAGGGAAGGGAAACAGAGCACAAGUGAAAGGCUCGAGGGGAAACAGAAGUUUGAAGCUUUCCUUAGAGCAGCGCCUAAAAGUGUGGGUGUUUUUACAAGACUUCAUGAAGCUUAUGAGGAAAUGACAAAAAGCCGACUCUUCAAAACCGUUGAACAAGAGAUCCAAUCACUUGAUCUUGAUGUUCGGUCACAAAGACAAAUUUAG